CCGGGAGCAGUCGGCAGCUGGUCCGCGCUGUGCUACCUACAGCAUGGCCGUCAACGUCGUUUUGUUGGCCACCGCCGGGUUCAGCCUGCUGACCAGCUCAGCGGCGGCGUCCCUGGCAGGGUCCCAGUCCCCGACAUCGCGCUCCCGACCUGGCUCCGUGUCGCGACGUUCCAGUUCCUACACGGCCACCGGUGUCCGGACAGACGCGGACACAUCCCACGCGAUCGACGCCAACCUUCAUCCAGCCGUGCUGAAGACGCAGCGACUGCACCCGCAAGAAGACUUGGGCGUGAGUUACAUCGGGGAGCCUCCAGACUCGGGAGAAGCCAUCAGCCGCGCGGAGCUGUUCGCCAUGAUGCUCCAGAAAGAGCAACCGCGUCCGCCCCACCGCCAUUCCGCGACACGGACCAUCACUCCGAGGUUCAAGACGCAGCGCUGGAGCGCGCCCUCGGCCAAGGAAACUUCCCAGCGGCUCCCCACCCGGAGGCCCACUUCGAGGGCCAAGCUGGCACCGAGAGCUCGGCUCAGCUACGUGAAGACCGUGUCGUACAUUCCCUUCCCGUAUUACGGCUUCGGGUACGGGUUGCACCACUACAGUCCCUGGAUGUAUUACAGCCCGGUGGGCCUGGGACGUUGAAACGGGGAAACACGCCAGGAAGAGCUGCGAAUGACCGAGAGACCGGCGCCAUCGUGACGAGACGUGAGAGCAGCGGGAAUGCAAAGGGAAAUGAAGAGCCGAUUUGUUACCG